AUGUACUUGGAUUCUUUACCCAAGUUUGAGAAGUCUUUCUACAAGGAGCACCCCGAUGUCGCCAGCCGGUCUCAGCGCGAUGUUGACGAUUUCCGUAAGAAGUUUGAGAUGUCUGUGCAAGGAAAAAACAUUCCUCGUCCCGUCGAGACCUUCGAUGAGGCUGGCUUCCCCCAAUACGUGUUGAGCGAGGUUAAGGCUCAGGGUUUCGAACGCCCUACCGCCAUUCAGUCCCAGGGAUGGCCCAUGGCUCUUUCUGGCCGUGAUGUUGUUGGUAUCGCCGAGACCGGUUCCGGAAAGACUCUGUCCUACUGUCUUCCUGCUAUUGUCCACAUCAACGCUCAGCCCCUUCUUGCUCCUGGUGACGGCCCUAUUGUUCUCGUCCUCGCCCCUACCCGUGAAUUGGCAGUCCAGAUCCAGACCGAAAUCACCAAGUUCGGAAAGUCCUCUCGCAUUCGCAACACCUGUGUUUACGGUGGUGUCCCCAAGGGCCCCCAGAUCCGUGACUUGAGCCGUGGUGUCGAAGUCUGCAUUGCUACUCCUGGUCGUCUCAUUGACAUGCUCGAGGCCGGCCGCACCAACCUCCGCCGUGUCACUUAUCUUGUUCUUGACGAGGCCGACCGCAUGCUGGACAUGGGUUUCGAGCCCCAGAUCCGCAAGAUCAUCUCUCAGAUUCGCCCUGACCGUCAGACUUGCAUGUGGUCCGCCACAUGGCCCAAGGAAGUUCGCCAGCUUGCUUCUGAUUUCCUCAACGAUUACAUCCAAGUCAACAUCGGUUCCAUGGACUUGUCCGCUAACCACCGUAUCACGCAAAUCGUCGAAGUCGUGUCAGACUUUGAGAAGCGCGAUAAGAUGAUCAAGCACCUUGAGAAGAUUAUGGAGAACCGCGGCAACAAGUGUCUUAUUUUCACUGGAACUAAGCGUAUCGCCGACGAGAUCACUCGCUUCCUUCGUCAGGACGGAUGGCCAGCACUUUCUAUUCACGGUGAUAAGCAACAACAAGAAAGAGAUUGGGUCUUGAACGAGUUCAAGACGGGCAAGAGCCCAAUCAUGGUGGCUACUGAUGUGGCUUCCCGUGGUAUCGAUGUUCGCGACAUUACUCAUGUUCUGAACUAUGACUACCCCAACAACUCGGAAGACUAUGUUCACCGUAUUGGUCGAACUGGUCGUGCCGGUGCCAAGGGUACCGCCAUCACUUUCUUCACCACUGACAACUCUAAGCAGGCUCGUGACUUGGUCACUAUCCUUACUGAGGCUAAGCAGCAGAUUGACCCCCGUCUCGCCGAGAUGGUUCGCUACAGUGGUGGCGGCGGCGGCGGCCGUGGCGGCUAUGGCCGCUGGGGUGGCCGUGGUGGUGGUGGUCGUGGCCGUGGCGGCAACUACACUGCUUCCAAUGCCGCUCCCCUCGGAGGCAACCGCCGUUGGUAA